AUGUACUAAUAAUCAAUUACAUAAGCAUUUUAGCGGUAACCAAAUUUGGUUCAAACAUAAUAUAUUGGUCAAUAAUAGAUUCCAAGGGUACAAUAACAGAGAUCAAUCACUCCAGUGUUGCAUAAACCAAAUGCUUAUACGGUUUCUUUUACUUAGAGGGAUGAUUUUAGUCAAAGAGGAUAGCAAUUACCGAAGAAUAUGAUUAGCGAUGAUUCGCAAUUUAUGAAGGCAUUGAUUGAAGAAAAUUAACUAUUAAAACAGUAGGUUAUGUCGAAAAGAGCUGAACUAUAAAAAAUAAUAGAAUAUUAUCAUUAGUGCUCAUGA